AUGGCGGCAGACGAUUGCCCCUCCUCAACGGGUCGCCUUUUUGUAACCGACCGCAGCUCGAACACCCAGUUCUUGGUGGAUACAGGCAGUGACCUUUGCAUCUACCCUCGUUCUGCACUUCGAGAGCGUCGAACCAAGACAGAUUACCAAUUGAGCGCCGCGAAUGGAUCGGUAAUUGACACGUUUGGCUUUAUAGAGCUUAAUUUAAAUUUAGGCUUAAGACGUAGUUUUGCUUGGCGAUUCAUUGUUGCUAAUGUUACCAAACCUAUUAUAGGUGUUGACUUUCUUAGUUUUUAUAAUUUAAUUGUAGAUUGCCGCAAUCAACGCCUUAUUGACAAUACUACUACAUUGUCGUCAAUUGCUUCUUUCGCUAAAGCUGAUAUCUCAUCUAUCAAGGUUUUGACAGGCGACACACGUUAUCACAAUCUUUUAAAGAAAUUCCCAGAAAUAACACGCCCUUCAGGCACGCUGGUGGUUCCAAGGCACAAUACGGUACACUACAUAAGGACUACACCAGGACCUCCCAUAUCAUGUACACCCCGUAGGCUGGCACCUGAUAAACUUAAAAUCGCCAAACAGGAAUUUGAGCUUAUGAUUAAUAAUGGCACCGCACGUCCUUCUAGAAGUCCCUGGGCCUCACCCUUGCAUCUCGCGCCUAAGAAAAAUAACGGCUGGCGCCCUUGUGGCGAUUAUCGAAUGUUUAAUACACGGACUAUUCCAGAUCGUUAUCCUAUUAGGCACAUACACGAUUUUUCCCACAGCAUCGCUGGUUGUACGGUCUUCUCCACCAUCGAUUUAAUGAAGGCGUACAACCAAAUCCCAGUUUUUGAGGAGGAUAUACAAAAGACCGCUAUUACUACACCCUUUGGGUUGUUUGAAUUUCCCUUUAUGAACUUCGGCCUGAGGAACGGGAGCCAAACCUUCCAGAGAUUUGUUGACGAGAUGACGCGAGGUCUUGAGUUUUGUUAUGCCUACUUGGAUGAUUUUUUGGUCUUCUCCAAGGACGAAACAGAACACGAAGCCCACCUUCAUCAACUUUUCACUCCCAUGAAGGAAUAUGGCGUUCUUGUCAACACAUCGAAAUGCGUCUUCGGCGCAAACGAGGUAACAUUUUUAGGUUAUCAAAUUUCUGCAUCUGGCACCAAACCUCUUGAAUCCAAGGUCGAAGCCAUAAAGAACUUUCCCGUGCCUAAAACGGUAAGGCAGCUUAGACGAUUCCUAGGAAUGCUCAAUUUUUACAGACGCUUCCUACCUCAGUCAGCUUCAAUUCAAGCCCCUUUGAAUGCACUUCUUGCCGGCUCUGUUAAGGCGUCUCAUCCAGUGAAUCUGACUGGUGACGCACUUUUAGCUUUUAACAGGUGCAAGCAAAGCCUUGCUGAUGCUGCAUUACUCGCACACCCGGAUUGUCGGGCAGAACUGGCGCUAGUAACAGACGCGUCCGACCUGGCAAUGGGUGCAGUUUUGCAGCAAUUAAAAGGUGGGGAAUGGCAACCGUUAGCAUUCUUCUCGCGGAAGUUGAGUCCCUCUCAACAAAAAUAUUCGCCUUACGACCGCGAGCUCUUAGCAAUAUACGAAAGCAUCAAAUACUUUCGUCAUAUGCUAGAGGCUAGACAUUUCGUGGUGUUUACCGACCAUAAGCCGCUCAGUUAUGCUUUCAACGAAAGGAAAGCUAAUUGUUCGCCUCGGCAAUAUCGUCACCUUAAUUAUAUCUCGCAGUUUACGACCGACAUUAGACAUAUAUCGGGAAAAGACAAUGUCGUCGCUGACCCACUGUCACGUGUCGAAGAACUGCAGAUACCUAUCGACUUAGACGUGCUUGCUUCGUCUCAAGCAUCUGAUCGAGAGCUGACUCAACUGCUGGGAGGUGAAUCUUCACUCCGCCUGGAAAAGUUGAGAAUUCCAAACUCUCAACUGCAACUUUAUUGUGACGUCAGCAAGUCUACACCUAGGCCUUUUGUUACCAAGCCGUUGAGGAGACAACUCUUUGACAGUCUUCACAGCUUAAGCCAUCCAGGCGCCAAUGCUAGUGCUAAAUUAGUAGCAGAGCGGUUUGUCUGGCCUGGCGUUCGUAAAGACUGUCGUGAGUGGUCUCGACAAUGCUUGGCGUGUCAGCGCGCUAAGGUUCAUCGUCACAUUUCGUCACCAUUAGGCACGUUUGAUCUACCCCGCGCCCGAUUUACUUUCGUUCACGUGGACAUUAUUGGCCCCUUCCCUGUUUCUCAGGGGUACCGCUAUUGCUUGACUGCGGUGGAUCGUUUCACACGAUGGCCCGAAGUAAUACCAAUGGCAGACAUAACAGUCGAGACAGUUGGAAAGGCAUUAAUAUCAUGGAUAUCCAGAUUUGGAUGCCCAACCGAUAUUGUCACUGAUCGUGGUCGACAGUUUGAAUCGUCACUUUUCCAGUACCUUGGAAAGAUGAUUGGAUUCAAGCAUCGUAGAACAGCCGCGUAUCAUCCACCUUGCAACGGCCUAGUGGAACGAUUCCACCGUCAGUUAAAGGCAGCCAUAAUGUGCCACGCUGAUAGCAAUUGGGUAGACACGUUGCCUCUGAUACUAUUGGGCAUUAGGAGCUCAUUUAAGGAGGACCUUCGAACAUCAUCGACCGAAUUAGUUUACGGCGAAUCUUUACGUUUACCAGGCGAAUUCUUCCAAGCCGCAGCUCCCGGCUCAAUAGAUAUAUCGGACUUUACCACCUAA